AUGGACCACGAUGGAGGUUGGUUGCGUUCGAAACUGGAACAGAACUGCUUCACCUCACAACCGAUACCGGAUCGUGCCCUCAGUUUUCUAGUGCUGAUAGCGGCCGGAUGUGCGUACCCGGGCAUUCCCCGGAAGCUCGAGUGCAACGAACAGCGCGAGCAUGUGUGCGAGAUCUCCAACUUUACCAUCGUCGAAUCGAUGGAUCUGACGGAGUACGAGUUCCCGGACCAUCCGCAUCUUGCGUUCGGGAUGUUCCCGCACUCGGACGACUCGACGUACGUGGUUACGAUCACGAAGGAGCUGGCCGACAUCCUGCAAACGACCGAGAAGCUAGAAAUGCAGAAUGUGUCCCUGCAGACGAUGGUACUCUGGCAAAAUCUGCGCUCGCUGGAAGCGUCCCACAACAACUUCUUUGAGCUAACCGUCGAGGAGGGUCAGAACUAUCAGCUGCGCGAACUGAACCUUAGCCACAACCGUUUUCAGACGAUCGAUUUCGUGAAGGCACUGCCAGCUCUGCGUGUGCUGGAUCUCCGACAUAACUAUCUGGAGGCGCUGGACUUCUCCCUGUUCGAUAUGGCCACCGAGCUGUGGAAGCUAAAUCUUGCGAAUAACCGCAUCCAGACCAUCUCGACCAGUGGAUCACUCCAUUUGCCUCGCCUUACAAGCCUGAUGUUGAACGACAACAUGCUGAACGUGCUGGAUGCCAGCGAGUGGCGUUUCAGUAUGCUGCAGGACCUGAACCUGGCACGCAACCGGCUGCGCUAUCUAAGCAUGUGUGAGGUGAACCACUCGUUCCCGCAUCUGCAGAUGCUGUACAUGGACGAGAACCGGUGGGACUGUGGCCACCUGAACGCCACCAUCCGCCAGCUUCACCUCCUCACGGUCAAGCCGAUGGUCUACUACACGAACAGCGGCAACGACGACGAUGAGCAAUGUCCGAAGUCCGUUGAAGACAUCUGCUGCUACUAG